CUCAAUUCCUCCUCUCCACGCAUUUUUUGUUGUUCGAGUCUCUUCUCCAGCUCAAUUCCUCACUUCACAAUGUCUGCCCCCGCCCACAAGUUCAAGGUCGCCGACCUGUCCCUGGCCGCCUUUGGCCGCAGGGAGAUUGACCUCGCUGAGAACGAGAUGCCUGGUCUGAUGGCCAUCCGCAAGAAGUAUGCCGCCGACCAGCCUCUCGCCGGUGCCCGCAUUGCUGGCUGCCUGCACAUGACCAUCCAGACUGCCGUCCUGAUCGAGACCCUCGUCGCCCUCGGUGCCGAGGUCACCUGGACCAGCUGCAACAUCUUCAGCACCCAGGACCACGCCGCUGCUGCCAUUGCCGCUGCUGGUGUCCCCGUCUUCGCCUGGAAGGGUGAGACCGAGGAGGAGUACAACUGGUGUCUCGAGCAGCAGCUGGUUGCCUUCAAGGACGGCAAGAAGCUGAACCUGAUCCUCGACGACGGUGGUGACCUGACCUCUCUGAUCCACGAGAAGUACCCCGAGCAGCUCAAGGACUGCUACGGUGUCUCUGAGGAGACCACCACUGGUGUCCACCACCUGUACCGCAUGCUCAAGGAGGGCAAGCUGCUGGUCCCUGCCAUCAACGUCAACGACUCCGUCACCAAGUCCAAGUUCGACAACCUGUACGGCUGCCGUGAGUCCCUGAUUGACGGUAUCAAGCGUGCCACCGAUGUCAUGAUUGCUGGCAAGGUUGCCGUUGUUGCUGGAUUCGGUGAUGUCGGCAAGGGCUGUGCCAUGGCCCUCCACGGCAUGGGUGCUCGUGUCAUCGUUACUGAGAUCGACCCCAUCAACGCCCUCCAGGCUGCCAUGGCCGGCUACCAGGUCUCCACCAUGGAGAAGGCUGCCUCUAUCGGCCAGAUCUUCGUCACCACCACCGGUUGCCGUGACAUUCUGACUGCUGUCCACUUCGAGGCCAUGCCCAACGAUGCCAUUGUUUGCAACAUUGGCCACUUCGACAUUGAGAUCGAUGUUGCUUGGCUCAAGGCCAACGCCAAGUCUGUCCAGAACAUCAAGCCCCAGGUCGACCGAUUCACCAUGGCCAGCGGCCGCCACAUCAUCCUCCUGGCUGAGGGUCGUCUGGUCAACCUUGGCUGUGCUACCGGCCACUCUUCUUUCGUCAUGUCCUGCUCCUUCUCCAACCAGGUCCUUGCCCAGAUUGCUCUGUACAAGAACCAGGACAAGGCCUGGUCCGAGAAGUACGUCGAGUUCGGCAAGACUGGCAAGCUCGAGGUUGGCGUCUUCGUCCUCCCCAAGACCCUGGAUGAGGAGGUUGCCAAGCUGCACUUGGACCACGUCCAGGUUGAGCUGACCACCCUCACCAAGGCCCAGGCUGAGUACCUCGGCCUUGACGUUGAGGGCCCCUUCAAGGCUGAGAUCUACCGCUACUAAGCAUCUUUUGUGUAUUCAUACCCCCAGGAUCCUUCAACUGGACUCCUACGUUUAACGACAUUUCAUCCGGGUCGAUAGCCCGGUCAAUGGGAACUCUUGUGAUUUCAACAGCAUCAUGAACCGGCAGGGGGCAUAUUUGGGCAGGGAAAUAUAAAAGCCCAUGGGAUUUGGUUUUUUUUAUGAUUUGAUUUCGUGCCCUUUUCUUCUUCUUCUUCAAAGACUUGGGGUUCUCUCGCUGGGCGGAUGGGGCAGAAAAGAACAGGCCUUUUCAACAAAAUCGGCGUAGGGUAAAUUUAUUUUUGCUAAUGAUGAUUCCCCCAUGGCGAGACCAGUGAUAAACAAAGACACGAGACGGAGGGCUCAGCUCGGAAAAGCGAGAUGGGCGGAUUUGAGGAAGCCCGUCAACCGCGGCUGCAGUGGAUAUAGCAAUAGAAAAAUGAAAAUGGCGGGCAAAGAUUUUUUGCCUCUUGUCUGGGC